CUGCUCCAGCCGGAGGAGCGGAAGGGGAGAGAGAGCCAGCGAUGGCUUCACUCAGACAGGAGCACCGCUACGGGCUCUCCUGUGGAAAGACGACCAGAACCGGCUCCGGCAUCACCCUGUACCACGUCAAGCUGACGGACACGGCCCUUAGAGCGCUGGAAGCCUACCAGAACCUCACGGGAGUUUUGCAAAAUGAGACGUCAAUCUGUUUCAAAGGAAACCACGGGUACUUCAAGAUUCCAACUCCAACUCCAGAGUCACCUUCUGCUCUGCGCAUCUUCUCCUUCUACCUGUCCAGUGACAGCAAAGACCAGCCUCAGGCCAGCUUCGACUGCAUCCAUCAGUACAUCUCAAGCGACGGUCGCGAGCAGCUGGAGGGCCAAGGCAGCAUCCAGGACAAGAUCACCGUGUGCGCCACCGACGACUCCUACCAGAUGACCCGCGAGAGGAUGUCUCAGAUGGAGAAGGACAGCUGGAGCCGCUCGGCCAUCGAGAUCAAGCCUGGAGCCACGCAGCCUAGUAAAAGCGUCAAAUACCAAAAGAGAUCCGCUCCCCCGUCUGCUCCUGAAAGCAGCUUCUUCAAGCAGCCGGCCACCAACCGGAGGAGCCACGGCAUGCCGACCCCCACCCCGAAGCCCCUGAGGGAACGCAUCAUCCACCUGCUGGCCCUCAAACCCUACAGGAAACCAGAGCUUCUCCUGUGGCUGGAGAGAGAGCGAGCCGCAACAAAGGACAAGGCCGAGCUUGGAGCCGUGCUCGACGAGGUGGCCAGAGUGAAUCCCAAAGACAGCAGCUACCUGCUGAAGGACAACUUCUACAAGCACGUUCAGAGGGACUGGCCAGGCUACAGCGAGGAGGAGAAGCAGCUCAUCAGCAGGCUGCUGUCCAGGAAACUUCAGCCCCACAUCAGCAAUAAAUCACGCAACGUUCAAGCACACUUGUCAAUACCUGCGACCCCUGAGGACGCAAGCGCAGCGAAAAACCCAGCUGUGAAACGACCUGUACCCCCGGACUCACAGGAAAGACUGGCUGCGAAGAGGCAAAAACUAACAGACCAAAGGUUACACCAGUCUGCGGCAAAAGGACUCGCAAGCACUAAAGGAGCACAUGAUAAUGCAGCUGUGACCUUCGACCCCAGUCUCAUCUCUGUUGCUGAACCUCAGCGGAUCGGUGGCGUUCCCGGUGACCCCUGUGGCCUAACUGUGGCCCACAAUGGCUUUCCUUUCGAGCACGGCCCGUCUGACGGACAUAUUUCUGAGAAAAGAGGGCAGGACGCUAACGUUAACAAGCUGGAAACGCCGCAGGGCGUCUCUGGCUGCACUCAGCAGCAAAUCCACAACAGCCAGCACAGAAAGAAGAAAUCUAAAAAGCACAAAGAAAAGGAGCGGGAGAGGUUAAAAAGUGACAAAGGAGCCGAACGGCUGCAGUCGAGUCUCGAUCUCAAGCAGAACACAGAAAAACUUGACAAUCCUGACAUCACAAGUGGUGUGGCCUCCGAGGAGAAGCCGGACUACGUGCUGGCAUACAGCCCCAUUUCAAGUUUGGAGCAACGGCAGCGAUAUCAGGAGGAUUUCUGCACAGAGUACGACGAGUACAAAGACCUUCACUCCCGGAUCGCUGCCAUAACACACAUGUUUGUUCAGCUGGGCUCCAAGAUAAAGACUCUGUCUCCUGGCACACAGGAAUAUAAGACUAUGGAAGACCAAAUACUGGAAAAGUACAGCAAGUUUCGGAAGAAGUUUCCAGGCUACAGGGAGGAAAAGAAGCGCUGCGAGUAUCUUCAUGAAAAACUGUCGUACAUCAAACAGCUCAUCAUCGACUAUGAUCUUUCCAAGCCCUCUUCAUAGCAUUCGUUUGCUUUUUUUUUUUUGGUUUGUUUCUUUUAAACUGUCAACUUUGCAUACCCAACAUGAGUGUCAAAGCAUUUAUACCAGUGACAUGAACAACCUUGAAAGGAGACUUCAGCUUUCUCCACACACUUCUGCUAAAGCCUCAGACGAUUCUCCAGAGUUCUCACAACGUAACUGAGCGAAAAAUCACUGGAAGGUAUUUGGUUGGAUUUUUUUUCCAAUGUAGUUUUUGACCUUAACUUAUUUACUUUGCUGUUUUUGACACUUGUGAAAUUAUUCCCUUUAUCUCUCCUUAUACAGCUUCUGUAUUGUUUUUUGUUGCUUUUCGUACCCCUAAACAUGUCUAAUUGUAGUGAAAGUCAUGCUUUGAGGUUAACCUUGUCUGGGGUGAGCGGGAGAAGCAGCCCACAUGUGAACAUGGAUGAAUCAACAUCGUUCGUUGCUCACAGUUUCUAAUGAGUUAUUUUGAGUUUUUGUCAGAAUGGUGAGUCACGGUGUGCCGGACUUUUUCACACUUUGUUACAACGCCGAACUUUGACAUUUAGCAUCGGGAUGAAACGCAACAAAGCCAUGCAUGAUUGUGAAAUGGAAAGAAGAAGGAUACAUAGUGUGUAUUUUUUUAAAACAAGUACAGUGAAAACUCUUGAGCUGAAGAAAAGCAUUCCCGCAGCAUAAUCCUGCCACUGUCAUGUCUUAAGGUUGUUUAGACUAAUGCUCAGUGUUGGUUCUCUUUGUUUUGUAUUUAGCCUCUUUUGGACCAGACCUGUUUUGUGGCAAAGUCAGACCAGAAAUUUCAACAAAGGCUUUCUUUCUGUCUAUGAAGGCUUUUUUAUAUUGCUCAACACUCGUUUUGUUAUCACUGUUCCACUUCGUCCUGCUUUAAGCUUCCCUGUGACAUUCUCCAUGACCUGGGCUUCGUGAUGCUGUUUUUUCACUACUUUUCUCUUACAAACCUUUGAGGCCUUCACUGAAUAACUAGAGUAGAUUUUGCUCACUAGAAAAGUGGCUUUUAGAGAUGUUAGUUUGCACUGCAGUUUAUUUAGGGAGAGCAGAACACGUUUCCAAGCCACGUUUAUCAGAUUUUAUUUCCGUAAAGACUCUAUAAAAUAAUAUAUGUUGCGUUGCGUUUGUUUAAAUUCCAAUGAAAUACAUUGAGGUUUGCAGUUUCACAAAAUGGGAAAUGGCUUCCCGUUUGCAAAGCCAGACUUGUAGCCGAACUGGAUUCAUCUUUUGACGAGAUUAAAAUGACAUGUCACUUUAUUUUAUUUAGAUUCCCUUUGAAGAGAGCAGAAAGGGCUUGGUCGAGUCACUGUAACCGGCAUCCGUGUUGUCUCCGAAAUGCACUAAAGUUCAAAGUAUUUAUUAACCGCAUUCCCCUGUCUCUGGAGCAUCUGAUGGUAAACGGACCAAAAUGCCUAAACUAGCUCAUCUGCUGAAGUAUUUUAACCUCGAGAAGAAAAAAAGGACUUCCAUUUCUUUCUUUCUUUUGUUUUUUUUUUUUUUCUUUUGCAUUGAACUACUGACAUAUUUAUUUUUAACCUAUUUAUCUCUGUCCUGUGACUUUAGUCAUCUGAGCUUUGAAAUCAAAGUGUUGGUAGGGAUGCAGCCAGGGAAAUGACGCGGCGAUAGAUUGAAGAGCAUCAUCUCAUUCAUUCCAGUCCUCAGGUUCUCUCACUUCUCUUGCCUUUUACGGAUUGCGUAUUGAUUCCAGAAUGAUCCCUGCACAGUAAAUUCAUAUAGCCUUUGUUUUUUUGUUUUGUUUUUUUCCCUCCAAGACGGAAUCCGUUUUGGCAGCAGUCACUCGCUAUUCUUGCACUUUUUUUUAACCGACUGUCAUCGUGUUGUCAGUGACAAAGAAGCCUUAAUGUGAAACGUUUGUAGGUCGAGGUUUUCAGACUGCCAAUAUGAUGAAGAAGAGGAGAUCAUCAUACAAACACUGCCUUAUUUUACUAGCAACACUUUAUUAGGGUUCAUUAGGUACUAACAAAAGAGUAAUAGUAGUCAGUAGUUAAUUUGGACUUGAGAAACUACCGUCCUCAUCUGUUUCCUUCAUAUCCCCUCUGGUACUCAUGGAUCCUCAUGAAUAAAGUAGAUAUUUAAGUAUUUAUCAUCAGGAUCAAUGUUAUGUUUCAUAAAUGUGUUUUCAUGACCAAUCAUGCAAUAUAUAUAUAUUUUAGUUUUUUUCUGAAGCAUUAAUGUAUAACCCCAUAAUGAUUCUCUCCCCAUUCUGGAUAAGUGUUGAUCAUUUUCGGGGGACCAGUGUGUGCUGCACAGGUGCUGAAAGAAGAGCCUGUCUGAGGAAUCAGAGGAGAGACUUUGUGUAUUUACCAAUGUUUACCUUCUCUUGUCCUGGUAUGACAUUUCCAAAAAUAAAAUGUUUAAAAAUGAAAA